AAGCUGUUGAAGCUCAUUAAAUAUUGUCCUUCAAAUCUGUUCAUAAGAACCCAAAAACAUUCAAUUACCUGUUUUCCUGUUUGCCAGAUCCAAACACUAAUUAAUUUUCAUUUUACUGUACCGAGAAAAUUUUGAAAUUACCUGGCCGCCUUUCUUUUUGAGAAUCCGUUCGCUAUUGCAAAAAAGAAGGCAUCCAGCCUGCAGAAUCAGAGGGAACAAGAUUCUAUUGAACUCAUUUCCACCACUCACCGCUCACCAUGCUGUCCGUAGCAUCGCUACUCAAUCCUGCGAAGUCAGAACCGCGAAGCACUCGAUUACCAUCAAGUCCUCCAUCAUCGCUGUGCACAUCAUCGCCCUCUUAUGGACAUCCUCUCUUGCCCAUUCAAUCCUCAUCCAUCAAGAAACAAAAGAUGACUAAGGACGGCGCAGUUUUCGCCAAGGGUACUAAGAUUAAGGGCGAUGUAAACUUUCCACCAUUUGAACAUCUGAGCGAAGAGACUAUGUGCGAAGUCCAAAAAUUCCAUGUGUAUCCACUUGGUAAGAUUCAGGACUACUGCCGCCAUAUCCCUUAUAACAGCGAGAAAAAGAACUUUUUAGAAAAGACUGGGCGGGAGAGCUUCGAAGGUACGCUUCUGUCUAUGCAGAGCUGACUCCUUUCCGAUAAGCUUACCAGAGUUGACGUUUUUUUAUUUGCAGUAUUUCAGUACGUAUUCAAAGUGCCUGGUGAUGACAAGGAUUACACCGUUAUGUGGGAUUAUAAUGUUGGGCUUGUUCGCAUCACUCCUUUCUUCAAAUGUUGCAAAUACUCUAAGGUAAGCAGGCUCUAUUUAAUCAGGCUGCGUGUACUCAUGAUGGCUAAUUUGAUGUGUUGAUUUACAGACAACUCCGGCGAAGAUGCUUGGCUUGAACCCAGGCCUAAAGGAAAUCACGCACAGCAUCACUGGUGGCGCUCUAGCAGCACAGGGUACGUUUCCAUCGUUUUCAAACUCAGUUUUCAUCAAGAAUUAACAUCAAAUGCACGGUUCUAUUUCUAACGUUCCAAAUCCUUCCAUGAUCAUCACAAUACAACAAUGAAUGACAGCUAAAAAUCCGUCACUAAUUCUGUUCCAGGUUACUGGAUGCCAUACUCCUGCGCCCUUGCCGUUUGCACGACAUUCUGUUCACAUAUCGCUCCAGCUCUUAUCCCCAUCUUUGGUCCCUCCUUCCCCUCUCAGUGUGUCGAACCCGACGCUCCAGAACAUGGCCGUAUGAUCAUCGACCCCCACAUCAUCCAUACCGCCACUGCAGAAGCCGAAUCAUAUCGUCUCCAAUACACAUCCCUCACUCCCAAAUCAUCAGCCAGCGUUACACCCCGCGAUUCUGCCAGCCCUCAACAACAAAGCUCCAACUACCUGGUACGCACAAAUACCAUGACACCGCCUGCAAGUUCAGGCAGCCAUCUCGAGCGAAGAUUCAGACUCAAGAGAACGUAUGGUGGUGAAAGCCCAUACGCGGAGAGUACUACUGAUCACGACGCUGGGAGCGAGACUUCGAGUGGUGACGCUGCAUACUUUUGUUCGCCAGUAACACCCACAUCUGGUCUCCCUGUUACAAAUUGGGGACUCCAUACACGAUCGCAUCUUCCUAGCGGUCCUUCGCAUUCCAUUUCUGCUGCGAUGAAUCAUCAUCAGCAUCAGAAUAUGAGUUCUCAUUCUUUCAACUCGGGAAUCAAUAUCUCGGGUAUGGGGAUGGGGAGUCACGGAUAUUGCCAUGCUUAUAAUCAUGCACAUACGCUUAAUCAUAAGUUGAUGAAUACACACAUGGGCUUAAAUGGCGCCAUGAUCGUUGGAUCCACCGGUACAAAUCCAUGGUUAAGUGCCAUCCCGCGAAGUAUAGGCGGACUAGCCGACAUGACAGCUGGAUGGAGAGCUAAGCGACGCGCAGAAGAACUAGAAGAAAGUGUUUCCGAUGAAAGAGAACAAAGACCACGAGAAAAAGAAAGAGUUAUCCAGCGUCCCCAUCCCUCAGACGAAGAAUACGACGGUGAAGAAAGCGCCAGUCCAACUGGUGAUGAAAAGAGUCCCAGCCGCGACGGCAAAGUCGUGACCCUUGACACCCCCUUCGACAUCGAAGCAAGUCUGGCUCCAAAGCAAAACCAAAGUAGCACUGAAGUACACCAUCAAGUACCUAAAGAUGAAACAAUAAUCACAGCAGGCGAUGAAAGAAAAGCAGCAUGGCUUUUGAUGAAACUCAGUGUUAAAGAUGGGGAAGUGGGCGCUGCAUCACCUAUACCCCUCUUCCCUAGUGUAUCUGCGCUCGGUACACCAAUGAUGGAGAGUUCGAGGUGGUGUAAAGAUGAAGUAGAUGCUGAUGCACCUAGGGUUAAGAGGAGGAGAGCUCUCAGUAUGUGAGGUGAUGUUAUGUGAUGGGUGUGUUAGUGCACUUUGUUGCUUGGUGUUGAGAUGAGUAUUUGAGGUGUGGUGAUAGGAUGCAUGGAUUCUUUGAUUUGAUUUGACUUGAUUUGAUUUGAUUUGAUUUUAUCCCUUGCAUUGAGAGAGAUAGAGAGGGGCGGAGGGGUGGGAGAGGUCUUUCUUUCUUUCCUUCUCAUUUGAAUUUUGCAUGCAUGCAUCAUACAUGGUUUGCGCAUUUUGAUUUUGAUAUUUUCUGACAUUUUAAACUUUUUCAAAUAUUUCCAAUUUUUCAACAUCCACUUUUACAUUCAGAAAUGGUUCGCGUGGUAGCGGCUGGGAUUAGAGUAAAAGGAGUAGAAGAUAGAAGGUAGAGCGUCAAAGGGGAAUAGAGUAGAAAGGGGUUUAGUUGGAAAGGUCAAGUAGAUUAGUCGGACGGAAUAGAAAUGGCCCAAAGGAAUGGGAUGGAGAGAGGUUGUUCAUAUUCAGGAAUUAGGCUUGUAGUUUUUGCAUUUGUAUGUAUUUAUAGGUAUGUUGCGGGUUGGAUGCAUUU